GCCACCCCCAGCUCUCAAAUCAUCCAUCCCUAAAACAAGUUCCCAUAAUUUGACAGCCAAAUUUUGUUAAUUUCACCUGGAAAAGCAGAAAAAAUUGAAAAUAAUAACAAAAAUGUCGCAGCGUUAAGGUGAAAACCUGCCCCCGCCCGCCCAACAGGGGAAGCAAGCAGCGGACAGCGCCGAAAAGUGUUUGACAACAGCCCGCAGAGCCAGUGAAUCACUACCAGAUAAAGAAAUUGUAUUGGUCGGAGGAGCGCAGAUCGCAGAGAUCCCCGCCCGCCGGAGGAGCAGUCACGAUAGCUGCACCACCGAUCGCCCCGAAUCCGCUCCAGCUUCAGGUGGACGUGACCCCCACGCCCAGAGACACGCGCGCCCUUGCCGAAGUGGUGGCCCACAUCAAUAACAUGGGAAACGACGACCAUCGACGACGGAAGACACCGUGCGGAUUUUGCAUGGCGGUCUUCAAGUGGAUCCCGGUGCUCUUUAUCAGCGCGGUGAUAGCCUGGUCUUACUACGCCUACGUGGUGGAGCUGUGCUUCCGCACCUCGCAGAACAGCAUCGGCAUGAUCUUCAUGCUGCUGUUCUACCACCUUUUCCUCACUCUGUUCAUGUGGUCCUACUGGCGCACUAUCAUGACCUCCGUGGGCCGAAUGCCCGAUCAGUGGCGGAUACCGGACGAGGAAGUGACGCGACUUUUCCGGGCUGACAGCCCAGACACCCAGAAACGCAUUCUCAACAACUUUGCCCGUGAUUUGCCAGUCACAAAUCGCACAAUGAACGGCUCUGUGCGGUUCUGCGAGAAGUGCAAGAUCAUCAAGCCGGACCGGGCCCACCACUGCAGCGUGUGCAGCUGCUGCGUGCUGAAGAUGGACCACCACUGCCCCUGGGUGAACAACUGUGUCAACUUCUACAACUACAAGUACUUCGUCCUCUUUCUGGGCUAUGCGCUCGUCUACUGCCUGUAUGUGGCCUUCACCACGCUGCACGACUUUGUCGAGUUCUGGAAGGUAGGUGCCUACAAUAAUAAUGGUUACUCGGCACAGGGACAGCUGAACGCCAGCGGAAUGGGGCGUUUCCACAUCUUGUUCCUGUUCUUCAUAGCCAUAAUGUUUGCCAUUAGUUUGGUGAGUUUGUUCGGCUACCACAUCUACCUGGUGCUGGUGAAUCGCACGACUCUGGAGUCGUUUAGGGCUCCCAUCUUUCGCGUUGGCGGCCCGGAUAAAAAUGGCUAUAACCUGGGCCGAUAUGCCAACUUCUGCGAGGUGUUCGGCGACGACUGGCAGUACUGGUUCCUGCCCGUCUUCUCCAGUCGCGGUGAUGGCUUCAGCUAUCCGACCUCCAGCGACCAGAGUCGAGUGACCACCACCUCGCCCGUCCAGCGGUACGAUGCCAUGGGGGAUACGGCCACCAGCAGGUUAGAUGGCAAUCCAACAGAUAAGUUGAUUGGCGCUAGUCCCCUCGACACCACUAACCAUCACCACAACCAAUCGCCUCAUCAAGUAAGAAGCACCAGCGUCCAGCCAAACCAGCAGUUGCAGGUUCCCCCGUCUCCAUACCUGGACGAGCGGCUGGAGCAGGUGGAUCCGGUGGAUCAGGUGGCAAACGGCCAGUCAUUAAGCUGCAGCACAGCAGUAGUCAAGUCUAGUCAGCAGGCGGAGAACGGAGGAGGAGGAGCCAAUGGGGCAGCCGUAUACAUCGACAUGGUCGGAGAUCAUCCACUGGCAGGAACCCAUUCUGCCAAAGAUCAACCCCGUUCGCCGAAUGGCGAUCUGCCAGUUUGAAUUGCACCACUUUGUUUCUGUAGAAUAUAAUAUGUGUUUUGUACUAUAUAGCCGAGUAAACUGCCAGAUUUGUCAGCGUUGCAGUUUGUAGUAAGCCAGUAAGUUGCCUAGUUCAUCAAUUGUUCAGCAUAGGCCACUAAAAUGUUUGAAUGGCUGGGACCACAAUACAUCGUCGGGUAAUUUAACUCAAUAAUCAUCACUUGGCUUCAAUCGACUAAGUUAACGUUAAGCAAUAUGAAAUUGGUUUUCCACAAGCAUUUAUCGCUGUUUCAAUCUAUCGAAUUUUGUAAUGCAAAUGAACAGAAACGAAUGUACGGGAGAUACUGGGAGCUAAGAUAUUUUUCCCGGUUAAAAAUUUGUACCUUGUUAACAUAUUCAUGGAACCCAUUAUCCUUGUAGAUAUCAACCGAUCUUCAAGACUUAAGCCUAGUGAUAAGCUAUGAACUUUUAGUACACACUAUUAUCACACACGAAAUUCAGGCAUUUCUCUUUGCUUUUAAUCUAUGUAGUUAGUUAGUUACUGUUUGCAAUUUGAUUUUUAUACUUUUUUAUUCUUUUGUACACCUAAUAUACCUAAAUAUAUAAUUCUAUUGAGUGAACUUGUCAACGAGUGACGAACUUAAAAUGGAUUCAAAAAUAUAUUUAUAACAGCAACAAA